AUGAGUGAGAGCAGGUUAGACACAGGGCGACAGGACGUGGAACCAUUGUGUGGAAACCAGAACCAGGAGGCCCCUCUGCAGCUCUCCACCACAGCCCCAAGCAUUGCAAAGAAACAUAAAGGUGCCAGACUCAGCCCACAUCCCGUGGAAAUGAUCCUGAUCAAGACUAAGAGCUUUGGACUGCAGCCAAUUAAGCCGCCGACUGUGCUCUUUGUCUAUGAGGGCCCAGUGUGCCAUGGCUGCAAACAGCUGCAGACAUGUAUGCGGGGUGCCUUUGGAAAGCCCCAGGGCACAGUAGUCAGGGUCCACAUUGGCCAAGUCAUCAUGUCCAUCCGUACCAAGCUGCAGAACAAGGAGCAUGUGAUUGAGGCCCUACACAGGACCAAGUUCAGGUUCCCUGGCCGCCAGAAGAUCCACAUCUCCAAGAAGUGGGGCUUUACUAAGUUCAAUGCGGAUGAAUUUGAAGACAUGAUGGCUGAAAAGCGGCUUAUCCCAGAUGGCUGUGGGGUCAAAUACAUCCCUAACCAUGGUCCCUUGGACAAAUGGAGGGCUCUGCACUCAUGA